UCCCAGAGUCUUACACUGGUUCGUAUAUGUUAUUGUCUUAAGAUGUCUUUCCUCCACUUCAUUCGUGCACAGUACAAAACUCUUCCUCUGACACUUGCACCUGCUGAUUGUCAAGGGCAUACGUAUAUCGUCACUGGUGCCAACAGUGGCAUCGGGUAUGAAUGUGUCAAGCAUCUUGCUCGCCUCGGCUCUUCACGGGUGAUUUUGGGAGUUCGGAGCAGAGACAAAGGCGAGGCCGCUAAGAAGGCUAUCGAGGUAGAUACAGGGUGCGACACCAAUAUUCUCCAGGUUUGGGAAGUCGAUCUCGGAAGCUAUGAGUCUGUCGCGGCGUUUGCAAAGAAAGCUGGCGAAGAGCUCCAUCGCAUUGACGGCAUCGUGGAGAACGCAGGCACCGCAGAGGGAUCUUGGGUUGAAAAGGAGGGAAAGGAGACAAAUAUGACGGUAAAUGUAUUUUCGACAUUCUUGAUGGCCCUUUUGGUGCUGCCGCAUUUGCACAAGUCGGCUCGGCAAUUUGGUAUUGUACCGCAGCUAGUCAUUAUCGGUAGCGGACUCGCCUUUCAAGCAAAGCCAAUAUGGGAGAAGUUGGAUAUUGGCAACAUUUUCGGGGAUUUGAGAGACCGCAAGAAAUACCCUCUAUCCAAGCUGCUCCUCACCUUUGCGUAUUUCGAAUUCGCACGACGAGCGCCCUUUUCUCGUACCGGCGUGGCAAUUACCAUGGUAAAUCCAGGUGCCUGCAAAACCAACCUUGCCAGUCAUCUUAAUUCCAGCGCCCGGCUUCAAAUUGGCAUCGUUCUAUCGCUCAUAGGGCGAAACGCUGAAAUGGGCAGCCGGACGUUGCUUCAUGGCCUUGCGGUCGGUGAGGAAGCCCAUGGCCGGUAUCUCUCAGAGUGUGAGAUAAGCGACCAUAUCGUUCCCGACUGGGUUACAGACGAUGACGGAAGAGAGUGGCAGGUUCGAGUAUGGGAGGACAUCGCUGCGGAGCUAGAAAAGGCGUGUCCAGGAUGCCUUGACGUGAUAUCAAAUGAAUGA